GCAUUCACUACUAGUACACGGUGUAAGAUGGCAGCAAACCCAAGCACAAACACACCUCUUUUUGACUGCCCGUCAUGGGCAGGGAAACCUCCCCCUGGACUUCAUCUAGAUGUGGUGAAGGGAGACAAGCUAGUAGAGAAGCUAAUCAUUGAUGAAAAGAAAUACUACCUGUUUGGGCGGAACCCAGACUUGUGUGACUUCACGAUAGACCACCAGUCGUGUUCUCGUAUCCACUCAGCCCUGGUCUACCACAGACACCUCAAGAGGGUUUUCCUGCUCGACCUCAACAGCACUCAUGGUACGUUCCUGGGUCGUAUCCGCCUGGAGCCCCACAAGCCCCAGCAGGUGCCCAUCGACUCCACCAUGUCGUUCGGGGCGUCCACACGGGUCUACACCCUGAGAGAGAAGCCGCAGACCCAGACCAGCACCAUACCUGGGGCGGAGGUGAAGGCCGGGGAGGACGAGGAGCUCAAAGGACUGCUCGGUCUACCCGAGGAGGAGACUGAGCUGGAGAACCUGACAGAGUUCAACACGGCCCACAACAAGCGUAUCUCCACCCUGACCAUCGAGGAUGGCAACCUGGACAUUGUGAGGCCCAAGAGGAAGAGGAGGAGUAGCAGGGUCUCCUUCAGCGAGGAGGAGGAGGUCAUCAACCCAGAGGACGUCGACCCGUCAGUAGGGCGCUUCAGGAACAUGGUACAGACUGCUGUUGUCCCGAUCAAGAAGAGGAAGAUGGAGGGUCACGCUACACUAGGUCUGGAGGACUCUGUGGCCAGACGCAUGCAGAACUUCCCUUUCAGUGGAGGGCUCUAUGGAGACCUCCCACCCACCAGUGGAGAGGCCGGCUCCCUCCCCGCAGCGGCCCAGGGUGGAGCUACUAUCCUGGGGGGCCUGCCGUUAGUCUUCCCUAAUCCUGCUCCGGAGGUGGACCUCUCCCCCACCUCAGCCUCAGCACAGCCCUCCAUCACCCCCAACCCUGCUGUUAACCUCGCCCCCGGACCCUACAUGGCCGAGGCUCUCAACGAACCACGCAAGAAGAAAUACGCCAAGGAGGCGUGGCCAGGGAAGAAGCCCACCCCUUCUCUUCUAAUAUAAGUCAUAUUCAAAAUGGCACCCUAUUUUCCUUAGUGCACUACUGGCCAAAGGUAAUGCACUAUAUAGGUAAUAUGGUGCCAUUUCAAAUUUGCACAUAGCACCUCCCUGGACAAUGUAAUGGGAGGGGUUAGAAUUAGUUAGGAGAGUGGUCACGUCUCUGGACAACCAAUCAAUCAAUACUUCCUGUACUGUACAAGCUGUGACAAAGGAAUAUAGGGAUCCCUGAUAUAGGGAGAAGUUUGUAAGAAUAAUAUAUUAUUUUGGUUUGGAUUAUGUUUUUUUUGGUCUGUCUGCUUCAUAUGUAUAUUAUAACAUGUUUUCUUUUUAUUGCUCAACUCACUUGAACUGACAAAGUAGUGUCUGACUGACCUCCAGAUUAAAAUGCUAUUUCAACUAAUUUAACAUAUACACAGGCAGGCUUCUGGAAGUUUAUCAUAAGACUAACUGUAACACAGAUUGGUGCAUUUGUUUUACAGCUUUAUUUAUUAAUUAUUUUAAACAAAAUGAAACAUCGCUCUGUUACAAAAAAGUAUCUUAUAAACUAGCUAUUUACUCUCUGACUGUUUUAUUCACAGUAUGAUUUUGCCUUUGUGGAUAUUUUUAGUGCCGUUGGUUUCACUGAAAACCAUGUUUCUGUCAAGACAGAGGGUAACAUUAACCAGACAAGGACUGCUAGAUGUUUUAGUAAUCCACUCAGACAAGGCUAUGAACUGAGGGUACAGAUUGGCUUUAAACAAAAUAUGAAGAAACAAAGCAGUUUUUGUGUGUGAGACAGUCGUAUUUUUUUUGUUAUUUUUAUAUGAUAAUUCGGCGGUUGGUUAAAAUGGAACCCAUUAUUGUCAGAUGUGUGAAAUUCAGUUAAGAGAGAAAAAAAGUUUAAACAAAGUGACAUGCAGGUUAUUAGAAUUCAUAUCUUUUGUUUGAUAUUUGUAUAAUAAACAGUAAUACUCCAUACUCCUCUCUCUUCACUGUGUGAGAUGAUGGUGGGAGAGGAGGAUUAGUUUAGUCCCUAGAGAAAUCUCCCACUGGUUCUCUGCUGUGUUGCUUUCAUGUCCCUAGUUUGACCUUUUUACUUCACACGACGCCAUCUACUGAGAAAGCUCCUGGGAUGGCUAAUUAAGUGAUUUUUCUUCUAACUGAAUGUGAUUAUCUGUUCUGGGAACACGUCAAAUGUGUCAGUUACUCCCCCAAGGAGAUGAGUUUGACAUAUGUCAUCCAUUUGUUUUUGUUUGAGUAUUACUUGUGGGUUUGUUAAAGCAAACAUUGUUUGAAAAGGAAUCUGUCCUCAAAACCAAUCUGAGGAUUUAUAGGAGUAAAAUUAAGAAAUUAAUAGUUU